UUUUGACACCGGCCAUUCAGUACAUCCCUACAGAGCAGUCUGAACUGCCGUAUUCACAGUUUGAAGCUCCUCCAGUUCCUGUUUCCGCUGCAGCCUUUCUUCCCGGUUUUCUGGAGCAACAAAACUCGUCUGCCGCUGCGUGAGAGCCAGCCUCCGCAGCCCCUGGUCGGAUGCCUCUGGAAGUCGGUGUCUCGUACCAAGCUCGUGAGCACACUUGCAUGUGCUGCUGCCGUUGUCAUGGCAUCGUGUAAGAUGCAGCUGCUGUGUGACGCAUGCUCUCAGACAGUCAAAGCAGAACGGAAAGCCCGGUGGUUAAAAGAAGACCCCCGUUUGAUGCAGCGUGAAUAAACCGGGACUCGUGCAGGUCUGGAGGGGAAAGGUGCUGCACACUUGGAGAGACUGGACAACACGGAGCUGGGUGGAGGGAGAAGACACCACUAAGGCCAUCAGAAUACUGCCUUUGGAAGCAGCUAGCCAUGCUUUAGCAUUAAAGACUGGCUGGUGGAUCAUUCGAGAAGCUCUCCUUGCUUUUUAAUAGCUUCCCCUCAGCCACUGGCACACUCAUUACCCUUUCAUCUGUCAUUUGCAACGAUGCCAGUGCAAAGAUUAGUAGUUUGGCAUUUUUGGUGACGGAGCACACACGCGUGCGUGCGCAUCCAGGCAGGACGGAGGAUUGGACAGGCACACCACAAGGCAUUUUUGGUGGGUGUGGCCGAAGCAUGCGGCCCUGGGCAGGUUCAUGGCGUUGGAUUACCCUGGUGCUCUUGGCCUGGGGCACGCUCCUCUUCUACAUCGGUGGUCAUUUGGUGAGGGACAGCGAGCACCCAGAGCGGUCCAGCAGGGAGCUCUCCAAGAUCUUGGCCAAGUUGGAGCGACUCAAGCAACAGAAUGAAGAUCUGCGGCGCAUGGCCGAAUCUCUCAGGAUACCAGAGGGUCAGGCAGAAGUUGGGUCCCUGGCAGCUGGAAGACUUCGCUCCCUGGAGGACCAGCUCACCCGGGCCAAACAGAAGAUCCACAGCUUCCAGAAACUCACCGGAGAUGGCCCCGGGCCCACUCAGGAGGAGCUGCGGAGAAAGGCGGAGAAUGGCGUUAAGGAGUUCUGGUACUUUGUGCGCAGUGAGGUGAAGAAAUUGUCCAACGUCGAGGCCAGCGAGAGGCAGAAAUAUGCUGACACACUCCUGCAGGACCUCGGACACCAGGAGAGGUCCAUCAUGACAGACUUGUACUACCUCAGCCAGGCAGAUGGAGUAGGUGAAUGGAGACUGAAGGAAGCUAAAGACCUGUCGGAUCUGGUCCAGAACAGAAUCACCUUCCUACAGAACCCCCCGGACUGCAGUAAGGCGAGGAAGCUGGUGUGUAACAUCAAUAAGGGCUGCGGUUAUGGCUGCCAGCUCCACCACGUCGUCUACUGCUUCAUGAUCGCCUACGGCACCCAGCGCACGCUCAUCCUGGAGUCCCACAACUGGCGCUACGCCCCCGGAGGCUGGGAGACUGUCUUCCUGCCCAUCAGUAACACGUGCAGCGAUCGGUCUGGGGCUUCCACCGGACACUGGUCAGGUGAGGCUCAUGAUAAGGAUGUUCAGGUUGUAGAGUUGCCCAUCGUGGACAGUCUCCACCCUCGGCCCCCCUACCUACCCCUGGCGGUCCCAGAGGACUUGGCCCCACGUCUGCAGCGUCUGCACGGAGACCCAUCCGUCUGGUGGGUGUCUCAGUUCGUCAAGUACCUGGUUCGUCCUCAGGCGUGGCUGGAGAAGGAGAUCCAGCAGAGCACAGCCAAGUUGGGCUUCAAGCAUCCCAUUAUUGGAGUCCAUGUGAGGAGGACGGAUAAAGUGGGAACUGAGGCAGCGUUCCACCCCAUAGAGGAGUAUAUGCUCCACGUUGAGGAACAGUUCCAGCUCCUCGCUCGACGCGUCCAGGUGGACAAGAAGCGGGUUUACCUGGCCACGGACGACCCCUCCCUGCUGCAAGAAGCGAAGAACAAGUAUCCGGACUACGAGUUCAUCAGCGAUAACUCCAUCUCGUGGUCGGCGGGCCUACACAACCGUUACACAGAGAACUCCCUGAGAGGCGUCAUCCUGGACAUCCACUUCCUGUCUCAGACUGACUUCCUGGUCUGCACCUUCUCCUCGCAGGUCUGCCGCGUGGCCUAUGAGAUCAUGCAGACGCUGCAUCCAGACGCCUCCUCCUUCUUCUACUCCCUGGACGACAUCUACUACUUCGGAGGUCAGAACGCCCACAAUCAGAUCGCAAUCUACCCGCACCAGCCGCGCAGCAAUGAGGACAUUCCCCUGGAGCCGGGCGACGUCAUCGGCGUAGCCGGCAACCACUGGGACGGCUACUCCAAAGGCAUCAACCGCAAACUGGGACGCACCGGCCUCUACCCCUCCUACAAGGUCAAGGAGAAAAUCGAGACGGUGAAGUAUCCACUGUACCCCGAGGCCGACAAACUGCUCAGCUCUCAGAACAAGUAAAAGAGGAAAAUGGAAAACUAAAAGAGGAU